AUGAAGGAAAAGUCCAAGAAUGCUGCGAAGACUAGAAGGGAAAAAGAAAAUGGAGAAUUCUACGAACUGGCCAAGUUGCUGCCUCUGCCUUCAGCGAUCACCUCCCAGCUGGACAAGGCCUCCAUCAUCCGCCUCACCACCAGCUACCUGAAAAUGCGAGCUGUCUUCCCAGAAGGUUUGGGCGACGCCUGGGGCCAGCCGAGCAGAAUAGGACCCUUGGAUAACGUGGCCAAAGAGCUCGGAUCUCAUUUGCUUCAGACAUUGGAUGGAUUUGUUUUUGUGGUAGCAUCUGAUGGCAAAAUAAUGUAUAUCUCUGAAACUGCAUCUGUUCAUCUCGGUUUAUCCCAGGUGGAGCUUACUGGCAAUAGCAUUUAUGAGUAUAUACAUCCUUCUGACCAUGAUGAGAUGACAGCAGUGCUUACAGCACAUCAGCCUCUUCAUCCUCACCUCUUACAAGAGUAUGAAAUAGAGAGAUCAUUUUUUCUCCGGAUGAAGUGUGUCUUGGCCAAGAGGAAUGCAGGCUUGACAUGUAGCGGCUACAAGGUGAUCCACUGCAGUGGCUAUUUGAAGAUACGUCAGUAUAUGCUGGACAUGUCCUUGUAUGAUUCCUGUUACCAAAUUGUAGGACUGGUGGCUGUGGGUCAGUCUUUGCCUCCCAGUGCAAUCACUGAGAUCAAGCUUCACAGUAACAUGUUCAUGUUCAGAGCAAGUCUGGACUUAAAACUUAUAUUCCUAGAUUCCAGGGUGACCGAUUUAACUGGAUAUGAGCCUCAAGACUUGAUAGAGAAGACCCUUUACCACCAUGUCCAUGGCUGCGAUGUCUUCCAUUUACGAUAUGCUCACCAUCUCUUGUUGGUGAAAGGCCAAGUCACAACCAAGUACUAUCGACUACUGUCCAAGCAUGGAGGCUGGGUUUGGGUACAGAGCUAUGCUACCAUCGUGCAUAACAGCCGUUCAUCUCGGCCUCACUGCAUAGUGAGUGUCAAUUAUGUCCUUACAGAUAUUGAGUACAAGGAACUUCAAUUAUCGCUGGACCAGGUUACCAUUUCUAAGUCACAGUUUUCUUGCAGAAACUCAAUGUCUACCUCACAAGAAACAAGGAGAGUAGCAAAACCCAAAAGUAAUAAAAUGAAGGCAAAACUCAGAAUGACUCCUUACCCUCAACAGCAAUACAGCUCAUUCCAAACAGACAAACUGGAAUGUGGCCAGGUUGGAAGCUGGAGAUCCAGCCCUACAGUGAAUGCUGGCACCAUCCAAGAACAGAACUUCCAUUCAGAAAACAGUGAACUUUUAUAUGCCCCCUCAUAUAGUUUGCCUUUCUCUUACCAUUAUGGACACUUCCCUGUAGAUUCUCAUGUCUUCAGUAGCAAAAAACAAAUGCUGACUUCUAAAUUUGGGCAGUCUCAAGGAUCACCUUGUGAAGUGGCUCGUUUUUUCUUGAGUACAUUGCAGACAAGUGGGGAGCGCCAAUGGCAUUAUGCCAACUCUUUAGUACCUACCAGCCAGUCGCCAUCUAAAAAUCUUCCCGAUCAACCAAUAAAUAUUGCACGUCAUAAUCUUGCACAGAGUUAUGAAGUGCCCAUACCAAACAGAAGAUACAGCCAAGAUGCUACAUCUGACAGCUUUACAAGUUGUGCAACAUCCAUGCCAAAUGGCAGAUACAAAGAAGAGCUUUACAACUCCAGCAUCAUGAAACCCAACAAAAUAGAAAGCAGGAUACAUCCAUCUCAUCAUCUCAUUAAAGAAGAAAACAAGUUAGCUUUCAGCAGAGACCUACAAGAAAAAGUGUGUGUUAACGAAAAGUCUUUUUCAAACUCCAUAGCUAAUUCCUUGUUGCCAAAAUCAGAAUGUUUUCAGGCUAAAGCUAUUGGACAAUUAAGUCAUCUCCUGCCAGUGCCAACAGUAUAUGAACAAACACGGAGAGUAUGUAUGAAAGAACCAAAAUAUGGGCAUAUUAGCCAUCCUGUUAUGAACCUGGAUGAACUAGACAACGAUGACAGAAUGACAGUAAAGCUUGACCAUGACUCUGAAAAUGAACACAUGAUGGAUACAAGAACUACUGGACAAGUCCCAUUUGUAUUUCUGAACUAUCAUCAUGUUUUAGCCAAACAUGGUACAUUUCAAACCUCAUCAUGUACAGCGACAGGACAUGUAGCAGAAAACUAUGGAUACACUUCUGAAGAGGUAAAUACAUUUAUUUAUAAAAACCAAAGUCCAUCAUCAGCCUCUUCUCCAGAAACCCACAAGGAGACUGCACUACCCCAUUAUAUUGGAACUUCUGUAAUAAUAGCCAAUGGGAGGUGA